AUGGCUCCAGCUCUAGCUCCAGUUCUCGCGGCAGUGUUGCUCGCACUCGGCUGGGCGGUGGCCGUGGCCGCAGACGGCGUCACGACCAACGCGUCGGCUCCGGCGCCGACGACCGGGUGGCUCAAGGCGCACGCCACAUUCUACGGCGGUGCCGACGCCUCCGACACCAUGGGUGGCGCGUGCGGGUACGGGGACCUGUACUUGCAGGGAUACGGCACGCGCACGGCGGCGCUGAGCACGGCGCUCUUCAACGACGGCGCGUCGUGCGGCCAGUGCUACGAGAUCGCGUGCGACCACGAGACCGACCCGACGUGGUGCAAGCCCGGCGCCACGGUCACCGUCGCGGCCACCAACUUCUGCCCGCCCAACUACGCGCUGCCCAGCGACAACGGCGGCUGGUGCAACCCGCCGCGCCCCCACUUCGACAUGGCGCAGCCGGCGUGGGAGAGGAUCGGCGUCUACCGUGCAGGCAUCAUCCCAGUCAUGUACAAAAGAGUUCCAUGCGUGCGACGGGGCGGCGUAAGGUUCAUGAUCAACGGGCACGACUACUUCAACCUUGUGCUCGUGACCAAUGUCGCGGCCGCAGGCUCGAUCAAAUCCAUGGAAGUCAAGGCCGCCGAUUCGACUGAUUGGACGCCGAUGGCGCGCAACUGGGGCGCGAACUGGCACUCCAUGGCCUAUCUCACCGGCAAAAUGCUCUCGUUCAGGGUGACCAACACCGAUGGACAAGCUCUUGAAUUCGCAAACGUGGUGCCACGAGGAUGGAAGUUUGGCCAGACUUUCGCAAGCAAAUUGCAGUUCAGCUGA